GUAUGUACCGAAAUUGGAGACUACCGGAGUAUAAGUUUUUCGAAGAAGGUGAUAGUACAACUUUUACUUAUUCGGUAGAGUGUACCGUACUAUCGUUCACAGUCAGGGUCGAGGGUCUACUGAAGAAAGAGGGUAAACGAAAAGCUGCUACAUUGAUGUAUCAAAAAAUUAAAAUGUCAGAAAACAAUUCCAUUGAAAACGAGUAUAAAGAUAACGGGGUAUUUGAUGGUUUAUGUGUUGUCACGUCGGCUGGCAUCGAAGACAAGCUGUUUAUGGCCACUGCCAUUGAUAGCAUUGGUCACAGAAGUAUUGAUGCCAACAAAGUUCAGCCGCCGCAAUUGACCAACGAAUCAGAGAAAAACAUUAAACAUAAUAUCAAUUGCUUAUCAACUACAAUGACUACCCUAAUUGAUCGUGAGGGAAAAUUAACGGGGAACGAUAAUUCUACAUGCACUGAAGAAAACGUCGGAAAAUUGGAUAAUAAACUCGCGGUUCAUAAUGAAUUGAUUGCUGUCCAAGUACAGGAUCAAACCAAGACGGUCAAAACUAAUAAGUAUAUUAAAAAAAUCAGGUUGAUAAUAAAUAGAAAAAGGGGCAUGUACCUUUUCCGCCAAAAAUCCGAUUCCUUGAUUUACGCACAGCCCUAUAUCACCAAAAACGAAAAAGGUAUGAUUCCCGUUUUCACCAAAAUUUAUUUUUGUGAUAAGACGUUUGGGAAUCAUGUACAAUUGUGACUCAUUCUUUCAU